AUGAGUUGUAUUUGUGUUGGGGAGCCAUGGAAACAUUGUUGGUGGUUACAAGCAACAGUUGGCCAUGAAGGAAAAAUGAUGGAUGCUCAGGACCAAACUUCAGAUCAACUUCAGAAACAAGUUCAAGCUGUGACAGAAGAAAAUUUGCAGUUGCGUAACAAAUAUGAGCGUGUGUUCACCAAAGUGGGCCACCUGGAGACCAGAUUGAGCCACCUGGCCACCUCUAACACAGACCUGUCCCACAGGCUGGUCCAGAGCGAAGAGGAAAGACUGAAGAUCUACAAGGAGCUUGUAGAGGAGAAAAUUGAGACUAAUAAGAUACGAGAGCACUAUGAAGAAGAGACAUUUGAGCUGAAAACCAAGAUACUGAACCAAGAAGGUGUGAUAACAGAGCUGGAAAUAGAGCGAGACAGGUUGUUCAGGGAACUUGAGUCCACUGGGGUAUCCCUGAGAGUAAAAGAGAAGAAUGGCCAAGACUUGACUGAGGAGCAUGCCACACUAAAGAAAAACUACCAGAUUCUGGUUGAGGCCCACAAUAAAGAACUAGCCAAGAGUGGAGAGCUGACUGCAGAGCUGCUGGCACUGGCCCAGGCCCAGGAUGCCCUCCACAGGCAGCUGGAGGAGCAGCAUCAAUGUGUUAAGACCACCACCGAGGGCCUUCAUGGAGAGCUGGACAGGGUGCAGGCUUUGAUCAGCCACAUGUCACAUAACAGAGUCAAGCCCGAGGAACUAGCAGAGUUGGACAGGGAGCAAAAAAACGUGCAGAAAACUCUCCUCGAAAACCAAGAUGAGAUCAAAGACAAGCUGGAGAAAAUGAAGAGCAGCUACAAGGAGCAGCAGAAGAACCUGGAGGAGAAAGUGGUGGCGAUGGGUAAAGAGCACCAGGAGAUCAACAGAGCAAUGCAUAUUAGCCAGCAGAAACUCUCUGAGCAGAGUGCGGCCCUGAUGUGCUCUCAGAGCCAAUUAAAAGAGGUAGAGGAGGAGAACUCUAAGCUGCAGCUGCGGCUGAAAGAGCUGAACGAGGAAUAUCGCGCAAGGCUGGUUUAUUAUUUAGAGGACUUAGCUGAUUACUUUGAUGGGCUUGGAGAAAGUAAAAGCCCAUCAGAGCAGAGCAAGAUGAGAGCAUUCCUCGACAGCAUGCUGCAGGACGUUCGUUUGUCCUACAGGGUGAGAGAGGAGCAGCUCGCCACCGCUGCUCGCUCCUAUAAGAAGAGACUACAGAGGAUCACCAAAACUCAUCAUGCACUCCUGAUUGCAUACAGGGUUCAGAGAGACCAGAUCUUGGCCAAACCAGAGAAUAACCUAGAACCUGGGCCUCCAGAAGCCCACUUCAGCUUGGAGCCGACUGAACUGAAAGAUGCAAUCGAAAAGGAGCUCCAACAACUUCGCCAGGACAAGGCAAGGCUGGAAGGUCAGCUGCAGGCGUCCCGGGAGCAGGUGGCUAUUUUCAAAAUGAAAAAUGUAAACUGUCAAGAAUGGGUACCAGACAAACUGAAGCAGCUAUGCAAGGAAUCCUGUGGUGACAUAAGAAAAUAUGAGGGGCCAAAACAGCUGAGGGAGAUCACCGAGUCCACGACAGAAUUUAAUUUCUUCAAACAGGCUUCCUUUGAGAAGGAGCGUGCUCUUCUCCUGACCAGAGCAGCAGUUGCAGAGGCGCAGGUGUUGGAGUUGCAGAACUAUACUGAUAACCACCUGGGCAGGUACGAACAAGAAAUCACACAUCUGCGUGGAUUGCAUGGGACAGUGGAGGAGGAGGGGCGUUCCCAAAGCGAACAUUUAGCUCCCCAUUAAGGAAAUGAG